CUUCCGGUAUGAAUCACUUCCGGGUAUUUUCGAAAAUAAUAAUUUCGGUAUUUCAACCGUUGUUUACAAUGAUAAAGUCUUAAUCUCCUUAUAUUGUACGAAUAUAUACAAUGGCUUUUACAGAGAAGAUAGGCAACAUACCGUUUGCCUCACUGAUAGCAUGUAUCAUUGUGUUUGUGGGCGUUGGAGUGUUUUGUGGCACGUUAUAUCGUGCGCUGACAAUCAUUCUCAAGUCUGUGAUGGAAGAAAUUUUCCAGUUCAAUGUUACCUGGUUGGAAGUACUACAGAUUGUGUUUAUAGUGAUUGCUGUGGUGAUGGCUUUGUUUGCCAUACUUUUGUUGAUAUUUGCAUUUCUUGCCACAGGAGCAACUAGAAAAACUGUGUACUCUGGUGCCUCAUGCAUCAUGGGAGGUCGUAUUUCAGCAGCUUUUUUUAUGGUCAUUUCAUACAUCCUUAACCUUGCCUGGAUGGUGAUCAUGUCUGUGGGUGUGAUACCUGUGAUAGUUUACCUCAUGCUCAGGUCAAUAUGUAGCACAGAGAUUUACAGUAAAGAUGCUACUAGCCUUGCAAAUUAUUGCUUCAGUCUUACCCAGUUUGGUAUAUACAGAAACCAGAGUUAUCCCCUCAAUAUACAGCCUCCUGGCAGAGAACAGUUAUGUGGACAUACAGAAUUGAGGAGAUUCUGUGACAGAAUAGAGGAAGCAGGUCCACUGUUUUGUAUAGCAUAUGUUGGUGCAGCUCUUAUAUGUUUAGGAAUGAUCCACUUUAUGAUAACAUUAGCAGCAAAUUACACACGUAUCAGGAUAUCGAAAGAGUUGACAGAGUAUCGUGACGCUGUCGACAUGGAGGAGCUAGAACUUCAUUCCAACAUGGACAAGACGUCUUCACAACAGUACUGACAUACAACCCGCUGGCUGGACCCCUCGGAGAGGCUCACGCACGAUCGUGACGAGGAUAGUGAGUACUCUGAUGAAGCGUUUGAUGAGGGGUAUCGUUAAAAGACCACAGGAAUACCUGUUUCAAAUAUGCCGACACAAAUACUAAAACCUUUUACAUAGACAAUGGUAUAUUAUUUUAGGGUCAUGUUUGAAACAUGGUGAAUAAAUGCAAUCUGAUGGACAGUUUUUCAUUAUCACAUACAUCAUCUUCAUCACCCCUGACAUUAUAUAUAAUGUACUAUAUAUUCUGUGUGUGGCAGCUGUAUGAUGUAUUUCGUUUUUAUUAAUGAAAAGUAUAGCUGUAAAAUGUGCAUUUUCUUGAAUCAGCUGUUUUAACCUUUAGCCUACUGGCUGCAAAUGAUUCUGCCUUUGCGAUCAGUGCAGACCAAGAUCAGCUUGCAUGGUCUGAACUGUUUGCUAUUCAGUCAGUAAAUUUUCAGUGAACACCCCUUUGAAUAAUAAAUGGUACUGCCCAAAUUGAAUGAUAGACCAGUCCAUUUUAGAAAUUUUAGCAGAGUAAAGGUUAAUUUUGUUGCCUACCGAGAGGUGUAAAUCCAGAGCUCAGGUAGAGGGGACUGUUACGCUAGAGGUAUAAGGGUUUUGCUCCCCCUACCCACCACCACUACAACCCCCGUCAAAAAAAGUAUAAUGUCAACAGGCAUGGGUCAAAUGGAAGUUACUAUUUAAGCAAGAAUAUUUUGAUAUUUUGCUUUUGUCGGUUGUCUCUAUGUCAAAUUUUUGCUCUGAAAACAUCUCAAAAAUGACACAAUCAUUACCUGACCAUGCUGUCUACCCUUGACACUAUUUCUUCAGUGACUGUUUAGUUUGAUGCUACAGUUUUGGAUAUAGCGGUCAUCUGUUGUUAUUUUCAAGGGUAUCUUUAAAUCUUUUGAUCUUCUCCACAUAGCUGAUAAGACUGAUAAAGAUGUUGAUUUGAUGCAAAGCAUUAUUUUCCUGUUUGAAAAUGUUUAGAUGAACCUCAUUUUCUUCACAGAUGUGAAAACACAAAGUAUGUCAUACGCUUUACCAUGAUGUAACGGUAACAAGACAUUUUAUGGGCAAGAUCAAACUAUGCCUAUAUACUAUUUAUUGAAUAUGUAGAUUCUCAGUUGCAUUGUAGUUGGAAAAAAAACACAUUUUAAUAUUGAGCCAUGCCAUGAGAAAACCAACAUAAUGGCUUUGCGACCAGCAAGGAUCCAGACCAACCUGCGCAUCCGUGCAGUUUGGUCAGGAUCCAUGCUGUUCGCUUUCAAAACCUAUUGCAAUUAGAGAAACCGUUAGCAAACAGCAUGGAUCCUGACCAGACUGCGUGGAUGCGCAGGCUGGUCUGGAUCCUUGCUGGUCGCAAAGCCAUUAUGUUGGUUUUCUCAUGGCGUGGCUCAAUUAUUAUUAAAAACUUGCCAUUAAAAAACAUAUUCACUUAUACUGUCAAAGUUUGUUAACUCGAACAUAUCGGGACCAACAAAAUUUGUCCGAGUUAUCAAACAAUUUAUAUUACACAGGAAUUUUGCCGGGACCUAACGAUGAAUGUGUGUAACGGGUGGUGUUUGAGUUAUCUGAGUCCGAGCGAACUAGGUUUGACUGUAUACAUAUAUAUAUAUAUAUAUAUAUCUUCUUAUUAAAUCAGUGCUUUUUUGCUGUUGUUUUUCCCUAUUUUUGGCAAUUCCCUGAAAAAAAACCCUUUAUUUUCUGUUUUUACAUUUUCAACCAAAACUUAGUAGAUCUACAUAAUAACACAAUUCAUACUAUUUAAAACACAGGACAGUGUGCUUCGAGGUCAUUCUCUUAUUUUCUUUUUCAAGUGUAGCAUAUGGAUACUGAUGAGAAAAAAAAAAGAUGUGAUUUUUCCCAUAUUUAAGUUCUUAUGGUGUGAUUUCCUUCUUUUAACAGGCCCGCCACUGUGAAAAAAAAAAACAAAAAAAACCAAGUGUAAUUGAACAUUAUGUAAUUUGUAAUUGUAAAUGAAUAAGAAAAUUACUUUAGGACUUGUUGGCUGUGUACAAGGAGACUGGCAAAAUAAGGUGUGGUAUUGGUUAGCGAAAAUCAUGAUUUAAUGUCUGGGAGAUGUUACUAAAGAAUUUUAUUUGUUUUUGACAAUCGGUUGUUACAAAAUUUAGGCCUUCAGUUUGUAAAUAUUAAGUGUGCCUUUUAAUAGUUUGAAUAGUUUUACAUUUGGAUAUUUAAAUGUCACUUAAUGUAAGUUUUUAAGCGUAAAUAGGUCGUCAUUUGUGUUGUGGAAAACUGUUGUGAAAUUUUCCAGUAUAUUAAAUGUUUCCAAAACAUAUCACGUGCAGAACAUAUCAAACAUAUCAUUUUAUUACAUUCCAAUGUGUUUAUAUUUUUAUAGAACUUUUAUACAUUAUUUGUGAAUUUAUUAUAUGUAUACUUGUAUUUUAUAUUGUGUCAGAAAUGUGUUUUCUUGUACUUAAUAGUUUUGUGAAGUUUCUGUGAUUGUGUACAUGUAGAUAAGUUAUAUAUCUAGCAGAACAAAUAUUUUUGAUAGAUGUGCGUCUCUUAGACACAGUUUGGUCAUAUGGUGACUUUUCAACUUGGUAUGGUUCAGGUAGAUCCAGGAUGUGCAUUUGGAUCACAGGCUACCUCUUGGGUAGAAACACCUUCCUGCCAGCUUGAUAGUUGCCACACAUGGCGGAAUUAUAUAGCUGUGGCAGGGAUCAAACCCAUAGCUGUGAGUGGGAAGAGAUUCAGUCUGAACCACACAGUCACCAAGAUCCCCGGUCAGACUUUACCAGGUUGUGAUAUUGGUAUAAAGUUAAGAUCUUUAACUUUCCUAUCUAAUAGACAUUCCAUGAGAGACUCAGAUUUAUAAUGUUGGCCUAAAAUUUUAUCAUACGAAAAUCCUUGCUGACUUUAUGAUCUAUAUUCUAUAAUAGUAACUCUGCAUGUUUAAAUGGGUUUUUUUUUUGUGUGUGUAAUAUGCAGUAGAAUUUAUCAGACUGUGUGAAUUAUGGUUGUACUGUAUAUGUUGUAAAAAGGAACUUUUCUUCAUAUUAAAUUUGAUUUGUUUUAGUUGUUUAACCAUAACUUUUCACAGUUGUUUAACCAUAACUUUUCACCCAUGAUGCAUUUCUAAUCUGUCCAUCAGUUGUGGUCAAUCCAGCCAGCAAAUUUUUUUUUCAUAGAAUAUAAAUGCCAUGAUUAACCAAUAUUUGUUUAUCUUUAGCUUUUUAUUGUGUUGAUUCAUUACUAAAUCAUUCAUACCUUUAAGGUGAUCAUGCAUUCUUUAAUACUGGCUAUUUUUGCCAAGUUGUGAUAUUGUUGGUAGAUUAUGUGUACAGGCGUACAAACACUAAAUUGCCAAAUUUACGUGUCAGCUGUGGAAUUUACAUUUUAGUAGCAUUUCCAUCAUGAAUUUAUGAAUUUAUUGCACAGAGUGCAUCAGGUCACAUGCCACAACUGCAAUUUUAUGAUUGAUUCUUGAACUAAUAUUAUAGUGCGAAUAUUUUUACAUCAAAUAUUCUUUUGUUGUUCUCUUUCAUUUUGGCAUGUUUCUUAAAACAGAAAUUGGUUUAAAAGAUUUUGAUAAAGCAUCUGUGUGAAUUACAUGCAAUAGAACUUUGACCAUUUUACACAGAAUAAAGAAACAAGAUAUUUAGUGUUUUUAUGCCUACAAGAGAAGCAGUAAAUGUUUUAGAUAUUCACUGUAAUAUUGUAGAUAUGCUAGAACCAUCCAUAUACCAUAGUGCUCAAUCAUCUAUUCCAGAAUUUAUCAUUUGUGGUAUUUAUUCAUUCUUCUGCCUAUCCUGUUUUUCUGUCCAUAUAUCAUGUUGUUCAGCUAUUCCAUCUUUUCAUCCAUCUUUAUCUUUCAAUCUAUCCUGAGCCAUCCAUCUGUAAAAUGAGUCACCAGUCAUAUUGACGUUUUGAACUGCAGGUAUCUUUAAUGACAUUUGAUUGUAAUUUUCCAUAAUUAUUAUAGAUCAUUAUUUGUAUUUCUGAUAGAAUACUUUUAUACAAAUGUUUUAAGCAUACUUGUAUAAUGCCUUAUUGAUAUGAUAAAUAUUGUAUUAUGUUUUAACAUUCUUUGGCAGACAAACUUAACAAUAAAAAUUUCUGGCAAGCCAAAA